AUGCUAUCAGCUCUUCGCAGCGCUUCGCCGCCACGUGCAGCCCUUUCUCGCGGCCUUGCGACGGCCGCAGAAGUCAGCGCCUCCCAGAUCAGCCGGAUAGUCCACCGCACACGCUUCGCCGAGCGCGUCGGCCACCACGGCCCCAUAAUCCACGCCGCACUGCGCCCAUCUGACAAAUGCUCCCCCUUCCUCCUACUGGACUACGCGUCGAUGCCGCGCGGCACAGGCUUUCCCGACCACCCACACCGUGGACUCACGACUGUCUCGCAGAUCCUACAGGGCCAAUGGGCACAUGAGGACUUUCUCGGUAACGCGGGCACGCUCCAGCCCGGCGAAGUACAGUGGAUGACGGCUGGUCGGGGGAUCGUGCACUCUGAGAUGCCUGUAUUUGAGGGGCCAGACUCUGUUGAUCCGAUGGCACUGCAACUGUGGGUCGACAUUCCGGCUGAGCACAAGAUGGACCCUCCGAGUUACAUGGGCAUCACACAAGACCAGCCAAGUGAGGGCAUCGAGAUCGGCGUGAUCUCGGGAGAAAGUCAUGGCGUCGUCAAUGAGAAACGCGAUAUCGCGCUCGGGGGGACAUGGUGGCUCGACAUUAAGCUUACCAAGGCGGGAGCUAAGGUGUGGCAGCCCAUUCCGGAGGGCUGGACCGCCUUCAUCUUCGUGAUCGAAGGCAACCUCCAGAUUCACGAGGGUGCGCCAAUCGACCAGCACAACACGGCGAUCCUGACCAAACACGCCACGCAGAACGGCGUCCUUCUCCGUCUCCCGAGCGGUGACAACAGCCCCACCCGCGCAGCGCUGUUCGCCGGCCCGCCCCUCGACCAGGUCGCAUUCACGCGCGGCCCAUUCGUCAUGACCAACAGAGAAGACGCGUAUGCCGCCGUGGACGACUUCAACGCCCACCGUAACGGCUUCGAGAACGCCGAGGCGUGGCAGAGUAAAAUUGGCGGGGGGAAGCGACUCCGGUUUCCGGACAUUGGGAUUGUGUAG